AUGCCUCCACUGCUCAUAUCUCCGUCUUUUACCUCUUUCACGACAACAUUUCACCCAAACAUCGCCGCCUUCAACAAUGAUGAUUCAUCAGCACUUGUUCCACCAACAACGGAAAAUUCAUUCAAGUCCACUCAAUUACGAUUGUAUCAUAAAACGAGGAAUUAUCACAUUCAAUCCUUGACCAAUGCGUUGCAUCCCAAAACUGAAAAGAUGAAAUCUAUGAAAAUUCCAUCCGAUGGUCAAGAGGAUGGUGCUGCCAUCAACAACACUUCUCGAAAACAGCAGAAUCCGAACCGAUCAUCAUUCAUGACGGACUUGACCACCACCUUCUCGAAUCAACAAGAUCCAUUCACACCACCAUCACCACGACGACAUGUUCAUGGUGCAUCACCGCUGCUCGGAAUUACCACCACCACUCCGAAAGAAUCCAUCUUUCCUCCGAAUCAUCAUCCACACAAGAAUAACCACCCUCACAACAAUCAACCUUCCCAAGAUCCACUGGCAGCCAUCUUUCACAGCCAUCUCCAACCUUCUUUAGAUGUUGAUGAUGAUACUACAAACAACAGACAGCUGAGCGAUGACGAUCAUUUAAUGGAUGACAAAUUACUGUCAUCUUCCUCCUUCUCAUUGAUGACGAGUAGAAAUGACCUUCGCUCUCCUCCUCCUCUCUCGACACGCCCAUCCACUCCUCUCUUUCCACGAGCUCCUCAUGAAUCAAGUCAUUCCCUUCUUCAGAAAGAGAUGGAAUCUCCUCCUUCCCUUAAUCAUGAGAUCCAUCAUGACUCCUCUGUUUUAUCCACCCCACAAACUUUCUCAACACCAACUAAGCUUACUUCCAUCAUGAAAGACCAUGACUCUUCCUCAAACACUCGGAACACACCAAUUGGAUUGACAUCCACACCACCACCACCGAAUGAUGAUCAUCAUUGGUUGAUGAAACAAAUCUCAUCCUGGUUUUCCUUUCUCAUCCAUUACUUCUUCAAGUCGUCUUCCUUCAAUGAUGCGACCCUAUUCAAACGAAUUUUAAAACAACUCGUAUUGAUCAAUCCAUAUUUGAGAGCAAACAUUCGAAGAGGAAGAGAAGACACUUUUCGUGCACGAUCGUAUGGUGGUGGUGGUGGUGGUGCUCCUACUGCCACUCCAACCACUUCCACAAUUUCCUAUCACAAUCAUUCAUUGGCUCCUUGGCAGUGGAGUUUGUGA